CGUUCAGAUGUUAACGGGUCUCGCUAGCGUCCAGUUCACCGUUUAACAAUUUUAAACGAAAAUUUGUUCUUGCAUUAAGACCAAGUGAUACGGCAUCUACCACUUAUUCAAAAAUAUUUCGCUGCAACAACACGUGAUAAAUUCUACAAAUCGCCGCCAUGGGUGAUAUGUUUCGCAGUGAACAAAUGGCUUUGUGCCAACUCUUCAUACAGCCCGAGGCAGCGUAUGCCUCAAUAGCGGAACUGGGCGAGCUGGGCUGUGUGCAGUUCCGUGAUCUUAAUAGCGAGGUAAACCCAUUUCAAAGAAAAUUCGUUAACGAAGUUAGGCGUUGCGACGAAUUGGAACGACGCAUUCGUUAUGUGGAAGGUGAGAUGCGCAAGGAUGAGAUUGUGUUGCCCAAACUCGAAGAAGAAAACGAGCCCAAGGCCCCCAAUCCCAAAGAGAUUAUUGACUUGGAGGCCCACUUGGAAUCAAUCGAUACGGAGUUGCGUGAAUUAAGCCAAAAUGCGACGAGCCUUCAUUCGAAUCUGAAUGAUAUGAAAGAGCUGAAGGCUGUCCUUGAGAGCACAGAGCACUUCUUUGAUGACAAGGAAAUAAUGAACUUGGACAGCAGUCGUUUCCAGGACCCCAAUGAGGUGAACCCCGGCCAACAGCAAAGAGGCCAGUUGGGCUUUGUGGCCGGAGUCAUUAAACUUGAAAAGUUCUUUUCCUUUGAACGCAUGUUGUGGCGCAUUUCCCGUGGCAAUGUUUUCCUGAAACGCAACGAUUUAAGUGGCAUGCUUAAGGAUCCGGAGACCGGACUGCCGGUCAUGAAGACAGUGUUUGUGGCCUUCUUCCAGGGUGAUCAACUGAAGCAGCGAAUUAAGAAGAUUUGUGAUGCCUUCCAUGCAGCCAUUUAUCCCUGUCCCAGUGCUCACAAUGAGCGCAUGGAAAUGUUGCGAGAUGUGACCACACGCCUGGAGGAUCUCAAAGUCGUUUUGAAUAGUACAGAUGAUCACCGUAACCGAGUGCUGGUGGGAGCCUCGCGAAAUUUGCCCUCAUGGACUGUUAGCGUCAAGAAAAUGAAAGCCAUCUAUCACACGUUGAACAUGUUCAAUGUUGAUGUUUCGAACAAAUGCCUCAUUGGAGAGGGCUGGUUGCCCCAAAGCGAUUUCCAAAUCGUAAGUGAUGCCCUGAAGGUAGGCUCGCAGCGGGUGGAAAGUUCCAUUCCUUCAUUUGUCAAUGUCAUUGAGACCAACGAGCAGCCUCCCACAUAUAAUCGCACCAACAAAUUUACCAGUGGUUUCCAAAAUCUCAUCGACUCUUAUGGCGUGGCCUCCUAUCGUGAGGCCAAUCCCGCUCUGUACACUUGCAUCACAUUCCCUUUUCUGUUUGCCGUCAUGUUUGGGGACAUGGGUCAUGGUCUGAUUCUGGUGUUAAUCGCCUCGUUCUUGGUCAUCAAGGAGGAUCAGUUGCGCAAGAUCAAAGAGGAAAUUUUCAACAUUUUCUUUGGAGGCCGUUACAUUAUCCUGCUCAUGGGUUUAUUCUCCUUGUAUACGGGUUUCGUGUACAACGAUGUAUUCUCCAAAUCCAUGAAUAUUUUCGGCUCCAAGUGGGCUGUGCGCUACAACACAAGCACUGUUAUGGAAAAUACAUAUUUGCAAUUGGAUCCCACAUAUCAUGUGGAUGGUGUUUACCCCAUUGGCCUGGACCCCAUCUGGCAAUUGGCCGACAAUAAGAUUAUUUUCCUCAAUACCUACAAAAUGAAGCUGUCCAUAAUCUUUGGAGUGGUGCAUAUGAUCUUUGGCGUCAUCAUGUCUUUGGUCAACUACACUCACUUCCGGAAAGGCAUCAACAUGAUCAUGGACUUCCUGCCUCAGAUAAUAUUUUUGGUUCUACUCUUCGGCUAUAUGGUGUUCAUGAUGUUCUUUAAAUUUGUCAAAUAUACCGCACAGACCGACGAGUUGGCCCUAAAACCCGGCUGCGCUCCAUCAAUUUUGAUUUUGUUCAUCAACAUGAUGUUAUUCAAACACCAAGAAACCUCGGAGGGCUGCGAAGAGUAUCUAUUCGAGGGUCAAGAUUCGAUGCAAACUAUUUUCGUAAUUGUAGCCGUCAUAUGCAUACCAUGGAUGUUGCUGGGUAAACCCAUUUACGUUAUGCUAAAACGGAAAAGCAAUGCCAAAACCAAUGGCGAUGUAGAAAGUAGUGCUCCAGCCAAACCCUCUGGGGGUCAUGGCGGCCAUGGAGGCGAUGACGAACCCAUGGCUGAGGUUUUCAUACAACAGGCCAUUCACACCAUUGAAUAUGUGUUAAGUACCAUUUCGCAUACAGCCUCGUACUUGCGUUUAUGGGCUUUGUCUUUGGCUCAUGCACAAUUAUCUGAAGUAUUAUGGACCAUGGUUAUGUCUAUUGGUUAUAACGUUGAAGGCUAUACGGGUGGCGUUAUGAUUUAUGUAAUUUUCAGUGUUUGGUCUAAUCUGACGUUCAACAUCUUGGUUAUAAUUGAAGGGCUUUCGGCAUUUUUGCAUACACUGCGCUUGCAUUGGGUGGAGUUUAUGAGCAAAUUCUAUGAAGGUUUAGGCUAUGCCUUCCAACCUUUCUCUUUCAAAACUAUAUUGGAGGAAAAUGAUAAUGCCUAAAAACUGGGAAAGCAUCGUCCUUCUUAGCUGUACUGUGGUUGCUGCCUAGAGCUGCACUAAAUUAUUGAAACAUCUUAUUAAUUAUUCGAC